UUUGGGAUUUCAUUUCGUUGCGGGAAAGGUCGCAAAGAUAUGGCGACUCGCAAUGAGUCGCCCAAUCCCAACUCCACCGAAGCGUGGACCGUCGUCUCCCGCCGCCGUCGCCGCUCUCUCAAGCAGCAGCAACCGAAGCGCUCCGUUCUCCCCGGACCCGAAACCCUAAUCGCGCCUCCGUCCCCAUGGAUUCCGAUCGAUUCCUUCGUCGACCUUGAGCGUCGAUCCAAGCUGCUCCAAAGGAUGGAAUCCGCGAUCCGGAGGCUCGAGUGUUCCUCGUUCUACCGGAGGUUCCUCCUCCGUCUGCGCGGCCAUCUGGUCCAGCACGGUCUGGCCAGGGCGUUGUCCUCCGCCUUGGAGAUUCGUAUGGUGGUCUACGGCGUCGGGAGCAUUGAAUCCUACGACCCCUCCCGCCUCCAGCUUGCCCUCGCCAUCCUCCUCCGUCGGGACCUCGGCCUCGCAGUGCCGUAUCUUGAAGUGUUUGACCCAAUCCUUUCCGCCACGGAGUGUGCCGUAAUGACGGCGUUCGAUUGCGCCGUGGUGCCAGUGGAUGAGAGGGGGCGGAGAGAGGUAAGAGCCCCGACGCUGUUCUACAUGCCGCACUGUGAGGCGGCACUUUACGACGGGCUAUUGGAGGCCAAUUGGAGGCCGUCGAGCCUGAACCGGAUGGUGGUGCUUGGAAAUAGCUUUUCGGCGUAUGAGCAGUUCGUGGAGUUAGGGAGUUGCUCUGGGUCCGCAUCCGUGGAGGCGGCCGUGAAGCAUCUUCUAUUGGUGAGAAGGCAUGUGACGGAAGUGGAGAUGGAGGAGGAGGAGGCUGGAGCAGGAUCGCAGGGGAAGCAGGACGACGAAGAUGGGAUUUUCAAGGCCUUUCAUGAUACAAGUUGGCAUUUUUUCGACUUGGACGAUGAUAAGCCGAUGGAUCUCGUGAAGAGAUGAGUUUAUGAAAUUCUUCUUUCCCUUCUUAUUCAACUGCAAAGUUUUUCAAAACGUAGUGGCUGUUGAACCGCAGGAAAGGGUUGAUUGGCUGUUCAAUACCUGAUAUCCAGCCAAGUAUCAGGCCAAGCAGCAUAGUGAGGUCUCUCUUUUUCUUGGUCUCACACUUUCCUGAUGGUCUACUUUUCUGUUUCACAUACAGUUACUUUUGCCCCUUCAUCCUUUUGCUACCAUGUUGUGCUUUGUCACACCAUUGCUUGAAAAUCCAGCCAAUGGGAGAUGUUUCACUCAAAGCAUAAGCCAUUUCUUGCCAUGAGGGCAGCAUAUAUCCUUCGAAAACUAAGCUGUUCAAGGGGAAUUCUACAGAUUAUGUCCGCUAUUCUCUGUUAUUUCAAGUUGUGAGUUCUCUUAUAGGAGUUGAGUUGCCUUUUAUUUGCUUAUUGAUUUCUGUUUUGUUUCUUACCCAAGAUUAGUCACUUUCUUUUCUUUAUAUUUGCAAUUCCUGGUAGUAAGGUUUUCCUUGAAACUUGAUUAAGAUGUUUCUUUGAUCCUUAUUUUGAAUUUAUAAUGGGAAGAAUGUGCUGGAGAAGAACAAUUAAUGAUUUAAUGAUUGGUUUUGGACUGGGAGGUCAGAGCUGUUUUGAGUCGACUAGAGUGAGCUCCAUAUGUAUUUAGUGCAUGCAGUUUACUAAUCAAGCCAAUUUUGGUCCCAUUUUUAGUUUGGACUGUUCUAUUUAACUUGGACUUUUCCUUCUUACACUCAUGUAGCUCAUUGUCUGAACUAAAAUUUGAAGUUUCGCUCCAAGCCAGAUUGCUUGUGGCAUUCGGUGAAAAUCAACCACAGCUUCAACAUCUGAGUCUUUUUAAGGAUUCUAGUCUCUAUUUUAUCCAGAACUCAGUUGAGUUCUAUAUUUAACAAUCUGUUAGAUGUAAAUGUCGUCAUUGUCAUUAUUGUCAUUAUCAUCAUCAAAACUCACAGUAGAUAAGGUUCUACACUUUUGCUAAAUUAAAAAAAGAAAUUCUAAAAUUGGUGGUUAGCAUGAUAUUGAUCCUUUCACAUUACCAUCAAAGCUAAAUAUAACUGCUGGACCACUUGUCUGCUUUUCCCAAAAAAAACAUGAUAAAUUGUGCUAAUGAAGACAUCUUUUCUGGUUACUGAUUAAGCAAGCUCAUUCAGUCGAGAAAGAGCCUGAGAACCCUUAAACUUGAAAAAAUGGAAAGUAGGCUGAAUUAGCCAAUGAGAAAACGAGUGACAUUCAUUGAAAAUGCUCAAUUAGCCAAA